UUGUGAGGUUAAAAGAAACAGCGACAGACUUUACACAUUUGAGCUCUAAUCCGAGGGCCACAAACCUCUCACUUUUCAACACUGGCAGCCUUCUACCAGAAUUUCUUCAGAGGCUUAAGGGAGAGCGUGAGGAAAUCUGGGCAGAAGAAGGAAGAGCUACACCCAGUACAGAGUUAAAUGGUUUCUGUUGGUUCUGACAUGACCAUGAAUAAUUCCACAAAUUUAACCUGUGAUGUGUACAUGCACCAUGAGACGGCAAAAGUCAUGUUUUCUUUCUUCUACAUCAUUAUUCUCAUAGUUGGGUUAACAGGAAACAUAUUAGCCCUGCACAUAACGUUCCAAAAACAUCAAAAGAUCAAUUCAACCACGCUGUAUUUAAUCCACCUAGCUAUCUCAGAUGCCCUCUUCACUCUUGCGCUACCAACUCGAAUCAUCUAUACUGUGCGAGGAUUUGACUGGCCAUUCAGUGAAGCAUUGUGUAGAAUUUGUACAGUCAUUUUCUACAUAAACACUUAUGUCAGCAUUCAGUUCAUGACUUGUCUGAGUGUUGACCGAUACAUUGCAGUGGUACAUCCGCUUCGAUUUGCCAAGUUUCGAAAAGUACAUAAUGUUAGAUAUAUCUGCGGUGCAGUAUGGUUCUUUGUUUUCAUCCAGACAGCACCAUUGCUGUUUAUAACAACGACGAAGAACAAUAACGGUUUGGUGACUUGCAUGGAAUACCCUAACAUUGAGACAAACAAGAACUUGCCCAAACUACUUCUCCUUGCCUGCUUUUUGGGAUAUUGCUUCCCAGUCACAGUCAUACUCUUCUGCUACUCACGAGUCAACGUGAAACUUUGCAGGAUGGCAAAGGAAAACCCAUUAACUGAAAAGCUUGGUCGGAACAAAAGGGCUAUCACAGUUAUUUUGAUUGUUCUGCUGGCAUUUCUGAUAUGCUUCACUCCAUACCAUAUCUCCAUUAUUCAGUAUAUGAUCCGAAAGCUCAUUUCCCAACAGAGCUGUUGGCAACAGCAGGUCUUCAAGGUGAGCCUGCAAAUCUCUGUCUGCUUCAUGAACCUCAACUGCUGCAUCGAUCCACUUAUCUAUUUCUUUGCGUUUAAGGGCUAUAAGAGAAAGAUUUUGGGUAUAAUAAGACGUCACAUCACACUGGCUGUCUCCACAAAGAGUAACUCUGAAAACAACAGUACUCCUGCCACUGUGAGUCAAGUCCAAGGGUCUGGAUCAGGAUCUGUUAAUUGACAUUGACCAAUCUAUUGUAUAACUUUUUGGAGCAAGUAUGACAAAUACUAGUUUUUUUUUACAGUCACCUCAGUACCAAUCCUUUGCCACAUUCAAAUGAAAGUAUUACAGAUCAUUAGGUUACCGGCAGGGAUCUGAUAUGGUUUUUAAUCUGUUUUCUCAAUUCAUCGUGGUAAACAGUGUAAAGUUAAUUCUGAGAAGUUUAUCUAUUUGUUAUUCCACCCCAUGUUUUGAGCUGGAACCUAAAGCAUCCCUUAGGUUGCAGAGCUGAUCUGAAUCAAGAGGUCAUGGGUUCAAGUGUCAAUCAAAGCAGGUUUUUUAUUCAUUUAUGUGAUUAGACAUGGCUGGCUGGGCCACCAUUUAUUACCCAUUCUUAAUUACCCUUGAGAAGGUGGUGAUGAGCUGUCUUCUUGAACCACUGCAGUCCUUUAGCUGUACAAACACCCUCAAUGCUGUUAGGGAGUGAGUUCCAGAAUUUUAACCCUGUGACAAUGAAGAAACAGUGAUAUAUUAGAUUAGAUUAGAUUAGAUUCAGUCGCAAGUGAGGAUGGUAUGUGCUUUGGAAAGGAUCAUGCACAACGUUUACAUGCAUGUGUUAUCUUUGUUCUUCCAGGAGAGACAGCCGUGGGUUUUUUGGAGGGAGUGAAUGUUGAAGGGGGUAAAUUGCAAGAAAAGGGGCUCAGCUUUGUCCUGGACAAUAUAAAGUUUCUUGAAUGUUGUAGGAGCAGUACUCAUCCAGGCUAGUACAGAACAUUCAAUCAUAUUCCUGACCUGUAGAUGUUAGACAGGCUUUGGGGAGUCAGGAAGUGAGUUAUUCCUAGUGUCUGACCUGCUCUUUAACCACAAAGCAAUCAUCCAUGAUAAUCCCCAUUUCUGACAUUUGAUAGCAGGAAGAUAAUUGAUAAAGCAGCAGAAUGUGGUUAGGCCCAGGAUACUACCCUGAGGAAAUCCUGCAGAGGUGUCCUAUAGCUAAGAUGACCAACCUCGAAACAUCACAACUAUCCCACUGUGUGUAGGUAUGGCUCCAAUGAGCAGAGAGCUUUCCUCCAAUUCUUAUUAACUUCAGUUUUGCCAGGACACCUUGAUUCUACACUCAGUCAAAUGCAGCCUUGUUGUCAAGGGCUGUCGCUCUCCCCUCAACUCUUGAAUUCUGCUGCUUUGUCUACAUUUGAACCAAGGCUAUAAUAAGGUUGGGAGCUGAAUGGUCUUGGCAGAACCCAAACUGAGAGUCAGUGAGUGGGCUAUUGCUAAGCAGAUGCUGCUUUGCAACACUAUCAGCGACCCUCUCCCCACUUUACUGAUGAUUGAGAGCAUACUCAUAUGAUUAUAAUUGGCCAGAUUGGAUGUGUCCUGCUUUUUGAGGACAGCAAACAUGUGGCCAAUUUUUCACCUUGUUGGGCAAAUGCUAGCGUUGUAUCUGUACUGGAAGAGCUUUGUUAGGGGUUCAGCUAGUUCUGGAGCACAAGUUUUCAGUUGUAUUACCAGAAUAUGUCAGGGUCAACAGCCUUUGCAGUACUCAGUGCCUCGAGUCGCUCCUUGAUAUCAUGUGGGGUGAAUCGAAUUGUCUUAAGCCUGUCACCUGGGAUGCUGGGGACCUCAGGAGAAAGCUGAGAGGAAUUAUCCACUUGGCACUUCUGGCUGAAAGUCCCUGCACCUUUUACACCGAUGUAAUGGGAUGCAAGUAGUCCUUGGAAACGUUCGGACGGAUAUAAGCCAAGCGCAGGGCGUUAGGACGAGUUUAUUUUGGGAUUAUGGUCGGCAUAGACAGGUUGGACCGCAGAGUCUGCUUCCGUGCUCUAUAACUCUAUGUGUUGUAGCUUCACCGAGCUGACACCUCAUUUUUAGGUAUGCAUGGUGCUGUUCUUGGAAUGCUCUCCUACACCCAUCCUUACUCCAGGAUUGAACUCCUGGGGGGAAAUGUAGGCUGUGAGGGUACAGGUCACAACAUCUAGGCCAACAGAGAUAACAAGGUGUACAGCUGGAUGAACACAGCAGGCCAAGCAGCAUCUUAGGAGCACAAAA